CACCCCACCUCGAGGUGAUGCUGGAGGUGGCGGUUCGGACGGUUCUUUCCCCCCCACGGGGAUGCGCUGAAGUCUCGGGGGGCUCCGGGUGGGCUUCGUGGGUUCCGUACCGCACCGCCCGCCGGAGGAAGGCUCCGCCCGGCCCCGGGAGGCGGCGGCGGUCCCCGGUCCCGGAGGCGGAGUCAGCGGCCGGCGGGCUUCGGAGCCACAGCCCGGAGAGGAGGAGCGGGGAGCGGGGAGCGGGGCGGCGGCGGGGCCGGGCUGGGAGCGGGGCCGGGCGGUGCGGGAGCCGCAUCUCCGCGGGCCGCCCCGCGCCGCCGCCCAGGAUGUGGUGGGACGAGCGGGUAUCGGCUCGGUUCCGGAGGAACCUGCAGCCCACCCUCACCUACUGGAGCGUCUUCUUUAGCUUCGGCCUCUGCAUCGCCUUUCUGGGGCCCACGCUGCUGGACCUCCGUUGCCAGACGCAGAGCUCGCUCUCGCAGAUCACCUGGGUGUUCUUCUCGCAGCAGUUCUGCCUCCUGCUCGGCAGCUGCCUCGGAGGGGUCUUCAAGAGGACGUUGGCUCAGUCGCUGUUAGCGCUCUUUGCCUCAUCCCUGGCCAUCUCCCUGGUCUUUGCCAUCAUCCCACUGUGCCACAAUGUGGUGGUGCUGGCUGUGGUCAUGGCUGUGGCAGGCCUGGCCAUGGGCUGCAUCGACACCAUCUCCAACAUGCAGCUGGUGAAGAUCUACCAGAAGGACUCUGCCAUCUUCCUGCAGGCUCUGCAUUUCUUCGUGGGCUUCGGAGCCUUGCUGAGCCCCCUGAUAGCCGACCCCUUCCUCUCUGACACCAACUGCAUCCUGUCCAAUGGCACGGCCAACGCUUCCACCAACUUGCCUCACAUCCGCAAGUCCCUGGUGCCGCACCACCCGGGCAACCUGUCCCACUACGACCUGCCCAUGAAGGGCAUGGUGGUCACACGCGUCUCCUAUGCCUUCUGGAUCAUGGCCCUCAUCAAUCUGCCGGUGCCCAUCGCCGUGUUCUUCCUGCUCUACAAGGAGCGCAUGGUGCCGUGCUUCAGCAGCAGCAGCCACCCACUGCUGUCAGCAGAUGAACUGGCAAUGGAAGCACGUCCUGUGGAGAAGGAUGACCAGUCUGCCUCUGUGCACAGAGCCCACGCUGCAGGAGGUCAUGAUGACUUAUUUAGCUGCUGCCAAAGCAAAAACUUCAGAGGGGCUUCUUACACCUACUUCGCAGUCCACAUCACUGGGGCUCUUGUUCUCUUCAUGACUGAUGGGAUUGUGGGAGAAUACUCGGGCUUCAUUUACAGCUACGCCGUGGAAGAGCCUCUCUCUGUAGUGCACAAGGUGGCUGGUUACCUGCCCAGCCUCUUCUGGGGAUUCAUCACACUGGGCAGGCUCAUCUCCAUCCCCGUGUCCUACCGAAUGAAGCCAGCGACCAUGGUCUUCAUCAAUGUGAUUGGAGUCCUGAUAACCUUCCUCCUGCUCCUGAUCUUCUCCUCCAGCGUUGUCUUCUUGUUUGUGGGGACAGCAUCUCUGGGUCUGUUUCUCAGCAGCACUUUCCCCAGCAUGCUGGCUUACACUGAGGACAUCCUGCAGUACAAAGGCUGUGCCACAACUGUGUUAGUGACAGGAGCUGGAAUUGGAGAGAUGGUACUACAGCUGCUGGUGGGAUCGAUUAUACACGAUCAGGGCAGCUACAGUUUCCUCGUCUGCGGGAUGAUCUUUGGAGGCUUGGCCUUUACCUUCUAUGCUUUCCUCUUGUUUUUCCACAGGAUGUACCCCAAGCCCUCAACAGAUAUGGAUGCUGCCUCACCUGACAAGCCAGCAGUAAUGGAUGACACCGGACAGUAUCAGCGCUGAAGAAG